UCUCAAUGCUCUCGCCUGCAGGUAUGCCACACCCAGGAUCAUUCCCACCUCCAGUGCCUCCACCAGGAGCAAUGCCUCCAGGGAUGCCUCCAGCGAUGCCACCUCCAAUGCCCCCCAGCACAUCAGCACCUGGACCACCAGCAUCUGGCCCACCUGGGACAACGCCGCACCAUGUGGGACCUCCGUUUCCUCCAGGAGGCAUGCCCCCGCACGGAAUGCACCCAAUGCAGGUGCCACAUCACGGACCACACAGCAUGGCUCCCCUGUCCAGUGGGCCGGCACAGAGUGCUCCUCACCGACCUCCCCCACCUGGGAUGCAGCAUCACAACCCUCCCCCCAUGGUGAUGCCCCCUCGCGGACCCCCAUUUGGACAUCACAUGGGACCCCCCCCACAUGGAAUGCGUGGACCACCUCCUCCAAUGCCCCCACCUGGAUUCAAUGGCCCUCCACGCCCUCCACAUUUCGGAUUUGCCCGAGGUCCACUUGUGCCCCCACGUGGAGGUGCCCGGAUACCCCUGCCCCCCCGCGGGCUACCUCGAGGUCCCCUGCAGCCUCAGUAGGGGGCGAUCACUGCCUCAGAGACAUUGACAGCUCCUGAGCAAGCUGUGUUUGUCACUAAGACACUGACUGGACCAGGAUGAUCUUGUAUCUGUUAUUAACUGGAUCACAGCAAUGGUUUCCCAUUCCUCCGAGACUUUGCAAGUUUGCAAACAGCCCUGAACACACAACCGCUGGAGUGGGGUGCUAUGGGGAGGGGGAGGGGUGUAUGACUGUAACCAGGCCCUGGCGGGGGGUGGUAGUCACUGUGACUGCCCCUGUGGGGUGGGAGGGCUGUAGGGUGGUUCAUGGAGACCAGUCCUGAGCUGCUGUGUGUCCAGGGGAUGUUCUCUUUCGGCCUGAGGUUCUCAUUAUUUGGUCUCUGCCCACCCCACAACCCUGACCUUGGGCUCCCUGUAAAUCAGAGAGUUAAUGUUACCCUCGAUCGCGCAGUUCCCUGCUACACCUCUGUCUCUACUUAAAAGGGGUCAUGCUUUUGCUGUUACAGUGAGGGGUGGGGGGAGGGUGUUAGAGGUAAACUUCGGGCUCGAGGAGGGGGGAGAAGGUCAGCCCUGGGCUAGGGGAGGGUGAAUAGGAGGCAGGAUCAGGCUGUGGGGAGGGAGGGGGAGUUGCUGGAGCGUGUUCGGGUUGGAGGUCGGAGGUCAGCCCCAGGCUGGGGGAGGGGUAUUAGGGGUCAGGCCCAGGUUGCGCAGAUGGGGGAGAGUGGAAGAGAUCAGCCCCCGGUGGUGGGGGUGGGGGUGGCGUUGGUACGGGUCAGGCACAGACUGGGGGGCGGUUAGAGGUCAGCCCCAGGCUGGGGGAGGGGGUGAUUAGAGGUCAGCCCCAGGCUUGUGGGGUGGUGGGGCAUUGUUUAAGAGGUCAGCCCCGGCUGGGGGGAGGCAAGGGGAGUUAAUUUUGUGUCCAGUUAUAAUUGACAUCAUUCUCAAAUGCAGUUUCAGCUACUACUGUUCCAUGUACUUUUUUCCAAGAGAUGUGAUACAUUUUUAAUAAAACUUGUUUUUGAUUUGUU